ACUGAAGCGUGUAUCGCUGGUGUCCAAGCGACCCUCUCGCGCGUGUCUCAGACGGAAUAUUUGCCUCCAACUUUGUGAACCGUCGUUCUUGUUUAAUCGGUGGAUCUAACCAAAAUAAAGCAGAUUUACUCUGAGUUGACAAAGCCAUGCCUUUACCGAAGGGAAGGAAGGCUAUUGCAGCCAGCCUGAGCAGACUGCCUAAACUGAACUCAGCCGAAACUCUGGAGGAAAGUGCACAAGUCAAACGGUCGACCUCGCCUUCGAAUGGCGCCCCUAAGAAGAGGACUGCAUUCAUAGACAUCACUAAUGCUCACAAAGUGCAGUUCAGCAUUCCAGGCAAGAAGAAGGUGGGUGUGAAGAAGCAGUCGAGGAAGGCCAACUCCACUUCUGUGACGACGAAGAAUCAGGAAAAUCUUCAAAGGUCUUCUUCUGUCAGCUCAGAGGAAACUCAGGAGCCAGAAACUGUUGAACAGUCCAGUGAGGCCCAGGAAGAGCCGCUGAAGGACGAGGUUGCUGUAGCAGAAGAACUCACAGCUCCCUCCACGCCCACUGCUCGCGAGGUGCCCUCCCACCUGAAGAAACAACCCAUUCCAGCUGAGUUUGACAUCGACUCUGAGAACCAAGACGACUGUUUUCUCUGUCCGGAGUACGCAAAGGAAAUAUUUGACUAUCUCAAAGAACGAGAAGAAAAGUUCAUCCUCAGUGACUACAUGUCCCAACAGCCCACCUUGAACCCAGAGAUGAGGGCGAUUCUGAUCGACUGGCUUGUUGAAGUUCAGGAGAACUUUGAGCUGUACCACGAGACUCUCUACAUGGCUGUAAAAAUGAUAGACCACUUCCUGUCUAAGACCCCAAUCCACAGGGAAAUGCUGCAGCUCGUCGGCUCCACUGCGAUGCUCAUUGCCUCGAAGUUCGAGGAGCGCAACCCUCCGUGUCUGGACGACUUUCUCUACAUUUGUGACGAUGCUUAUAAGAGGGAGGAGCUCAUCGCCAUGGAGGCCAAGAUCCUCCAGACACUGUCCUUUGACAUCAACAUUCCCGUCGCCUACUCCUUCCUUAGACGCUAUGCCAAGUGUUUAAAUGCCGCGAUGGACACGCUGACGCUCGCCCGCUUCUACUGUGAGAUGAGCCUGAUGGACAUGGAUCUGGUCAUCGAAAGAGGCUCGCUGUUGGCAUCAGCCUGCUUGCUGAUGGCGAUAGUUGCCAAAGACCUGGGAGGAUGGUCACCCAUCCUGCAGUUCCACACCGGAUACCAGCCGACAGAUUUGAUUCCAGUCGUCCGGAAGCUCCAUAAGAUGUUGUCUGCGCCCCCUGAUUCAAAACUGAAGGCCAUCAGAGGCAAAUAUUCUCACCGGGUGUUUUUCGAGGUGGCUUCACUGCCGCUGGUGGACCUGGAGGUUUUGGAGAAGGUGUUGUCUCAGUGAAAGGCCUGGUCCUUUGUAUGUGUAUAUAUAUGUGUUUAUACAUCUAAUAUUUAUAAAUAUUUUGUCUGUCUUAUCAUGUUUUAAAUGAUUGUUGUGGAUGUUGAGUGGGGCGUUGACAUUUAGUUAAAAUAUUUUCAAUUCAGUUUAUUUUUAUAGACACAGAACAUUUUUCCAAGAAAAAAAGAAAUGUUAUUGGAAUAAUAGCGUUUAUGCCGAGGAUGGCUGCUGUUUUAGUUCUAUGUCAGCACACAUUUGAAGGCUCCAUGAUCUGGUCAUCUGCAUGGCACGUCGCACAAUGUUUAGUCCAAAUAUGCGUAGGAGAACUGAGUUGCUGUGGCAUUUUAUCAGGUUCCGU